AUGCAGGCUACAAACUUUGUUUUCCUGGAGCUCUUACUGGUGUUUUCAUCAGAAGGUGCUUUUUAUGGCUAUUAUUUAGCGCAUUGUCAGUUUAACUCCCCUGGCAGCAGUGACGUUGUGUUCGUGGAACAACUGUACUUCAAUAAGAUCUUACUCGGUCAAUAUAACAGCACUUUGGGAAAAGUGGUGGCGUUCACUAAGAAAGCAGAAGAAUUUGCAGAUAUCCUCAACAAGUUGCCAAGAUUCCUAACACAUGAGAUGCGGCGUACAAACCAUUGCAAAAUAAGUGCACAGCUGGCAAAUGAAAAGCUACUGACUGCAGUGGAGCCCUACGUUUGGUUGAGGUCAGUGAAGGCAGAGUACAGUCAACAUCAGCAGAUGCUCGUCUGCAGCGCGUACGACUUCUAUCCAAAGAAAAUCAGAGUGACGUGGCUGAAAGACGGAAAGAAUAUCACAUCUGGUGUGACAUCCACUGACGAGCUGCCCAAUGGGCACUGGCUUUAUCAGAUCCACAGCUACCUGGAGUUCACACCUAAACCUGGAGAGAAGAUCGCCUGCAUGGUGGAGCAUACAAGCCUCAAGGAACCACAGCUUUAUGACUGGGAACUGGAUUCAGGAAAGAACAUGCUGGUUGUUGGUUCAGCUGGGCUGCUGCUGGGUCUGUUGUUUUCAGUCACUGGGUUCCUCUUCUUCAAGAAGAAAUCAAUAGGUGAGACAGUGGUUCAAACAGAGCGGGUGAGAGUGCCAACAACUGAGUCCACCACAGAGACAGAAAAACUGAUCAUCCACGCGCACAUUCACACCUAG